AAGUUCAACAAACUGAAUGUAAGCCAAUUGUCAAGCCGAUCGCAAUAUGCAGGUUGCGCUGCCAGAAUUUGCAUUUCCAAUACAUUUACUGCAGCGGCCAGAACAUGACACUGAGAUCUUAUUUGGGAUGCAUCUGCCUGCUGAGCCUGACAACGUUUGUGGCCAGCACGGAGUCCUGGUGCGAUGAACAGCUGUGUGCCGCGGGCACCACUCACGUGGCCUGCAACAAUACUGGCGAAUUCCAUGAGAGAUGCGCGCCAGAUGCGGUCAUGAUCAAUUUGCAGCCACAUCGCGACUUUAUCCUGACCGAGCACAACAAGCGGAGGAAUUUUAUAGCCGCGGGCCUUCUGCCCGGCUACUAUCCGGCAGCGCGCAUGGCCACAAUGAUCUGGGACGAGGAACUCGAAUAUUUGGCCACCUUGAACUUGAAGACGUGCCAUCUGGAGCACGACGAUUGCAACAACUCGUAUCGCUUUCGCAAUGUCGGUCAGAAUCUGUGCGGUGUGGACCGGCAACGGAAUAUGCCAUUAAAUGUGCGGGGCAUUGUGGAGAACUCGAUGGGUCUCUGGUUUGGCGAGUAUCCACUCAUCGACAGCAGCUACAUAACCUCCUUUCGUGUGGCCAGGCAUCUGGAUAAAUAUGGUCACUUUGCGGAGACUGUGGUCGAUCGCAACACGCACGUCGGCUGUGCCAUGAUGCGAUUCACGAAUCCCCAAUACCCGUUCCUCUACAUCUACAACAUGGCCUGCAACUAUGCCAGCACCUAUGCCGUGGGAGUGCAUGUCUACAAGGUGGGUGAACCUGCCUCGGAGUGUGAAACAGGUGCGAAUCCCAAGUACCCAGCGUUGUGCUCGCUCAAAGAGCAAUAUAAUCCCAAUUACAAUGAUUACUGA